CUGGCCGGCACGUGGCCCCAGCACCACGCUGCACACCAGCUUGUAGCGCGGUGGGCUGAGCUCACGCAGGCGCAGGUGCACCUGCUCGCACAGCUCCCGCGCCAGCGGCCCGGCUUCGUGGCCGGAGUAGGAUGCAUUGCGCAGCCCCGCAGCCAGUGCCGCUUCUAGGACGCGCUGUGCACGCUCGGCUUCCCAGCGCUCUCCAGGCGCGGGCUCCGUGCGGUACGAGGGUGCCACCCGGCGGGUGGGCGCCAGGGGCAGCCCGGAGAAGCUGAUCCGUGAACCUAGAGGGGGCACGGGGCACAGGGAUUGUCGGCGACCCGCGCCUGGCCCCACCAGUGAGUUGCGGCGUGAGGAGGACAUGGCUGGGCCCAGCACAGAGCCACGUCGGGAAGCGGGGCCCAGACCUACAGGUCGGGCCUCAUCAAUGCUGGGCAGGCACCCUGGUCGCGGUGGUGGUGGUUUCGGCCCUGAGUCUUUGGCAGUCUCCUCCUCUUGGCAUCUGGGGGGCAGAGGCCUGCUAGCCAUAAACCUGCUGACUAGAGACCGACAGUUAGGGCAGGAUGGCCUUGGCUGGCCAUCUUCACCCACCACCCAGUCGAGUUGGUGAUGUCAAGGGUUUUUACUUUCUAUUCCUUUCUUACCUGUGUUUUCCAGACAAGCAGAUCAAAUAGUCUGGGGGUUCCUGGGUGCUUAGGGUCUCCUUGGGUAGAGGGUUAAGGACUUUGUUAGUGACAUCUGCAGGAGAAGGGUUGCCGAUCUAACCAUGAUCUUAGGCAAGUCCCUGCUCCUCUGAGCUCCACUUUCCCCUGGGCACAAUGGAGGCAAGCUAGGUGAGCUCUAAGUACACUUUCUUUCCUCCCUAGCUUUGACAGCAGGAGAAGGGGGAGAUAUACCUAGUUCCUACUUCAGCCUGGACAGUGGAAUUGGUACUUCCAUCCCCCAACUAGAAGGUUGGAUAGACAGACCCAUCUCCUUCGACUCCACAGAUCCUUCUGGCCCUGGAGGUGUUGAACCCAGUCCCCUUCUACACCUACCUGCUUCUAGGGUGGGUGGCACAAAGAUCUUCCUCAAACCUGGCUGAAGCUGGUGGCUGAUGAUGCUCCUUUCACCCUCUGCUUUGGCCUCUCCUGGCCCCACCUUCAGAAUCAGUUCGGGGAUGGCCGCCCUCUUCUUCUAAAAUUCCUGCAGACACCUGAGUCACCUACAGCCUUUGGCCUCUACGCUCUCUCCCAGCUCCCCAGGCCUGGGCGGCUGGGCCUGACUGGCAGGCAGGAGGGGAGGGGCCCCUUGCCUGUGUUGUGGAGUUGCCAUGGGUGCUGGGGCAGGCAGUGCUCCCUCUGCUUCCUUCCCUCCAGUUCUGGCUCUGGCUUAACCUGAGAGUCACCACUGUGAGCAUGCGCUGAGCGCAGAGUGCCUGUGGAUGUCCCUGAGUCAUCAAGGAAGAUGAGGCAACCAGGGCUUGGUGUUCCUGGAUGUACUACCAAGAUGGACACAGAGGGGGCAGGGUGGAGACAGAGGGAGAUGUUGCAGAGAGGAGAGGGGCCCUGGCUGGAAAGAUGUCCCCCUAUCCUGGGGCUCUUGACCCACUGUCUGUUUCCUCCCUUGUGAAUUGGUUGGAUAACUGGCUCUUCACGUGUGUGAGCAAGUCUCAGAGGCCUGGGAUUUGGGGGGACCUCAAAGCUGCCAGGGUGGCUGCUCAGGAAUCUGGGAACCAGGCCCACAGGAAGGAGCACAUCAAGGCUCUAUCAUCUCCCGAACAGCAUCAACAAGGACAAACAUUUCUGCUUCAGGCGCCGAGCUAGGGUGGGGCUUGAGUGACUUCCUCAGCCCUGGGCUGUGUGCGGGGGAAGGGAGGCCCUGCAGCUCAGCUGGGGGGAGCCAGGCUGACGCAGUGGUGACUUGGUGGUGACCUGAAUCCGGCCUCCUGACCCUUGCUGCUGGCCCAAGUGCCCUGGGGCUUGUCUCCAGCUGGCCACACCUCUGCUGUGUCCAGUUCCCAGAUUACUGCCUCCCUCCCUCUACCGCCUCAGGCAGAUGCAUUUCAGGGAUGCCAGAGGCUGUGACGCCUCUGGCAGAGCUGACGCCUCCUCACCUGACCCCUCUCUGGGAGUGACGGGACUGCCCCCUCCCAAACAAGCCAAGUCUUGGCCCUGUAAACUGUCCUGUGGGAUUGAGGAUUUUCCCGGUUGAUGGGGGUUCCCCAGGCCUGGGGUCCUGAUUCUGAGCCUAGGCGGGGGUUGGGGAUGGGUGGAUUGGAGGGCAGGGGAGUUUGAACUCUGAUCCCAGGGCAGGAGGGUGCCACAGCACUAGGACCCUCAGGCUCCGCUUAAGGCCCUGCCGAGGACUAAAGUUUUCCCCAAGCCUUUGAGAGAUGGGCGGAGCCUCUUCCCUGCCAGGCUCCAGUUUCCAUGGAAACCCCUCGGCUUCCCACCCAGGCUGCUGCCUGGCCAGGCUCCCAGCUGGGGCCUCAUCCGCCUGCCGGCUGCUCCCCAGCCACAGGCCGCUCCAAGCCUUGGCUUCUCGCUCCUCCCUCCCUGCGUCUAUCCCUGUCCCCAAGCCUCUGGCCACUGGCCUCGGAUGCCUUCUUCAGGAACCUGGGCCUCCCCUGGUCCAGUCUCUAAACUUCAGCUUCUCAGCAACAGACCUCCCAAGCUCCUGCCCCUCCCUCUCAGGCCCUUCAGGCUUCCUGCUCCUUCUUGCCUUCUGCCUCCCUCAGACCAAAGAACGACAGAUCUCCUAGGCCAUCCACCCGCUUGCUUCCCCCGCCCUCCCCGUCCAUGGAGACCCCAGGAUUGGUUGUGCACGGGGAGGCUGUGCCCUUUUCCACAGCACUCAGAAGCCUCGUCAACAAUCCCCGGUACAGUGAUGUUUGCUUUGUGGUCGGUCAAGAACGGCAGGAGGUGUUUGCCCAUCGGUGCCUGUUGGCCUGUAGAUGCAACUUCUUCCAGCGACUUCUGGGUGUGGACCCAGGUCCUGAGGUUUCUAGCCCUGUGGUGCUGAGCACCGUGCCAGCUGAGGCCUUCUUGACAGUGCUGGAGUUCCUGUAUACCAACAGCGUCAAGCUGCACCGCCACUCUGUGAGCCCACUGGGUGGGAGCGGCUCGGGGUGCAAGAGGCAGAGGAGUUGGCCUGUUACACUGUGGGCUGAGGGGCAGGGGAAACUCCCAUCCAUUCCCCCAACCACCUACUCUGCAGGUCCUGGAGGUGCUGACGGCGGCCGUGGAGUACGGGCUGGAGGAACUGCGAGAGGUGGCUGUAACCUUUGGCCUGGGACCACUGCAGGAGUGUUGCGUGGCCUUCAUAGAGGCCCACAGCCAGGUAGAGCUCCCUAUCUUUACAACCUCACACACCCCAUUCUGCAACUCCUUGACCCAUUCGCCUGCUCGCAGGAGGCUCUUCGGACCCGCGGCUUCCUGGAGCUGUCGGCGACCGCGCUGCUGCCCCUGCUGCGCAGCGACAAGCUCUGCGUGGAUGAGGCUGAGCUCGUCCGGGCGGCCUGGAGCUGGGCGCGCGUGGGCGCCGCGGUGCUGGAGCAGCCCAUGGCCGAGGUGGCGGCCCCGGUGGUGCGGGAGCUGAGACUGGCCUUGCUGGCCCCGGCGGAGCUGAGCGCCCUGGAAGAGCAGAACCGGAGGGAGCCGCUCAUCCCGGUGCGGACGCGGGGGACUGGGCUCAGACGCACCCAGCGGCGUCCGGGAAGGGCGCGGGGGCGUGGCCCGGCUCUUGCUUUGCGGGGCUUGGAAGGCACUGUGGAGCUCCGAGGUGACCGGCCUUCCCCUGCAGGUGGAGCAGAUCGUGGAGGCGUGGAAGUGCCACGCCCUGCGGAGAGGGGACGCGGCCCGGGGCGCCCUGUGCCGCCGGCGGAAGGGCACUCUGCCCCGGGAGCAUCACCGCUUUCUGGACCUGCCCUUCCAGUGAUCCAGCGCCACGACUUGUGAGGAACCCCGGGCCUGUCCUACUGGAUGGCUCCAAAACUACCGCUCCCGGUAUGCUCGACUCUUGGAGUAGACUUCCGUUCCCAGCAUGCCUGGCGAGCCGAGCACCGGAAAGGCCGCACUUUGUGAUGAGCGGCGAAGCGAGGUUUUAGGCUCGUUAGAGCAGCCAGGGUUUCCUUCGCAUCACACCGUGUUCGUAGGCACUUUUCAUCUUCUCGUUUGCUCGAUGACACCCAGAUAUAUUUUCAGCCCAGCUCCCUCUUUAUCCCAAACCUGCCUCCUGUGGAAAUCUCUUCGCUGAAUGCCCCUCGGGCAUUUGAGACUCAGUCUAAAAUCGAGCUCAUCUUGCCCCAGUUAUGCACUGCUCCCACCGUGCUUUUCAUCUCCAUGAGUGCCCAAGUCGGAAACCUGGAUCUCGUCCUUGCCAUAUCUCCCUUCCUCACACCUGCCUCAUAUCCUUUCUACCUUCUAAGAGACCUUACCAGUUGUUUCAGUUCUUAGUCUUCCUGCCUUUACUCCAGCCCUACCACCUCACCUCCACCUGUCCCAAUCCAUUCCCCACACUGCAGCCAGAUCUUUCUUCAAAUCAGGUCUGACAAUGUCAGUCCUAAUCCCUUUAUUAAGCCCCUCAAUAUCCCCAUUGCCCUCAGAACAAAAUACAAUCCGAUUUCACUUUCACGGCACUCAACGACUAGUGGUUCCCAAACACUGGCAACUUUUCUCAACCACUGCAUUUGCAUAAAUUCACUCGUUCGGAGCCACUAGUCCCCUAGCUCUAGAUUUAGUCUUGGGGUCUUCAGUCUUAUGCUACUUCUUUUCAUUCCUUACACAUCUUGUCUUCUGAGGAUCUGAAUCUUCCUGGAAAAAGAUUCCUGGAGCUGGAGUGGUGCCUUGUUCAUUUCUGCUUCCCAAGUCACAUAUGCAAUACUCUAUAAAUGUUAACUGAAUGACUUCGUUUCCUCAUAACCACUUUAUUCCAUAAAGAGUUUAAAGAAGGUGAAAAACAAGAUGUCAUCAAUCUAAAAUGAGGGACAAUCAAUUAUUUGGAAGAAAAUAAAGUUAGAUUUCUGUUUCAGGGAUUUUUUUUUUUACAAAAAUUUGUUUCUCAUGGGUUAAAGAGUUAUUUGGUAUUAUCUCUCAAGAUCACUUCAUGCAGUAACACUUCAUGGCAGCAUUGUUUGGGUAAUGAAAAUUAAAAACAAUCUGUAUGUCCAUCAAUAGAAGACUGGUUAAAUUAACUGUGAUAUAUUCCUGCAGUAAUAUAAAAUAUAUUCAGAUCUUUGGUGAAAAAAGCACAGAGCAGCCAAGAAGAGCAUGAUUCCUUUUGUUAAAAAGGGUGCUGAGUGAAGGCAUCUGAUGAGAUUAGAGACCUGAAGGAAGGAGGGCCUGGGCCAUGGGCUCUGGGGAAAGGCAUUGGAGGGUUUUGUUAAAAAGGAAUGAGUAAAAUGAAUAUGCCUUCUGGAGCGAGGCUGCUGGGUUUGAAUUACAGCUUCACCACUUUUCAACUUUGUGACUUGAGUGAGGUCACUUAACUUUUCUAUGAUUCAGUUUCCUUAUUGGUAAAAUGGAGAUAAUAGAACCUACCUAGUAGGGUUCUUAGAAGAAAUUAGUUAAUUUUUGUAAAGUGCUUAGAACUAUAGUGGUACAGAUUAAAUCCUGUAUAUAUGCUU